CGAGCGGCGGCGGCGGCCGGUGGGCGCGCGCCAGGCCGGCAGCCAUGGCGGCGGCGGCAGAACGGAGCCGCCUCAGCUUCCCCGGCGGCACCGGGGCCCUGGGGCGGCCCGUGCCUAUGAACCUCUUCGCUACCUGGGAGAUCGACGGCUCCAGCCCCAGCUGCGUUCCUAGGUUGUGCAGCUUGACCUUAAAGAAACUGGUAGUCUUAAAGGAAUUGGAUAAGGAGCAUAUUUCUGGGGUCAUUGCUGUUAAAAUGCAGGGCUCCAAGCGCAUCCUGCGGUCUCACGAGAUCGUCUUGCCCCCGAGCGGACACGUGGAGACCGAGCUGGCACUGACCUUCUCGCUGCAGUACCCUCACUUCUUGAAGAGAGAAGGCAACAAGCUUCAGAUCAUGCUGCAGCGGCGGAAGCGCUACAAGAACCGAACCAUUCUGGGCUACAAGACUCUGGCUGUGGGCUCUAUCAACAUGGCUGAGGUCAUGCAGCACCCCACAGAAGGUGGCCAGGUUCUGAGCCUGUUCAGCAACAUCAAAGAGGCUGCAGUGAAGGUAGCAGAAAUCUGGAUCUUCUCCUUGUCAAGUCAGCCAAUUGACCAUGAAGACAGCACUAUGCAGGCCAGCCAGAAAAUCAAGUCCACAGACAACUAUUCCGAGGAGGAGUACGAGAGCUUCUCUUCCGAGCAGGAGGCCAGCGACGAUGCCGUGCAGGGCCAGGAUCUGGAUGAUGAUGAGUACGAGCUGGGGAAGCCCAAGAAGCAGCGGAGAUCGAUAGUAAGAACGACGUCCAUAACCAGGCAGCAGAACUUCAAACAGAAGGUUGUGGCAUUACUGAAGAGGUUUAAAGUGUCUGAUGAGGUUCUGGACUCGGAACAGGACCCAGCAGAGCAUGUUCAGGAGGUGGAGGAGGACCUCGACCUGCUGUAUGACACCCUGGAUAUAGAGAACCCCAGUGACAGCGGGCCCGAGAUGGAGGAUGAUGACAGUGUCUUGAGCACCCCAAAGCCAAAGUUAAAACCUUAUUUUGAAGGACUGUCCCACUCCAGCUCACAGACAGAAAUUGGUAGCAUCCACAGCAUCAGGAGCCAGAGAGAGCCAUCGAGUCCUCAGGUAGAAGUGCCUGAGAAGACCAAGAGCCUUGGAGCCAAGCUCGCAGGCGACAGCGUUUCUGACAAUGCCUCCUAUGAGUCUAACCAGCAAGCUGAGGCCCAGGAAGCUGAGCUGCCCACUCCAGAUGUGUUUGUUGAGAAGCUUCCACCCAGUGGGAAGAUCACUAAGACCGAGUCCCUCAUCAUCCCAUCCACCAGCAGGUGCGAGGGGAAGCAGACGGGGCGGCGCGGCAGGAGCACGUCGCUGAAGGAGAGGCAGCCGGUGAGGCCGCAGAACGAGAGAGCCAACAGCCUGGACAACGAGCGCUCCCCAGACACCAGGCAUCACCUGCAGAUCCCCAGGAAAACAGUGUAUGACCAACUAAAUCACAUCCUGGUUUCUGAUGACCAGCUGCCAGAAAACAUUAUUCUUGUCAAUACUUCUGACUGGCAAGGCCAGUACCUGUCAGAUGUCCUGCAGAAGCACACCCUGCCAGUGGUCUGCACGUGCUCCUCGGCCGACAUUCAGGCAGCUUUCAGCACGAUUGUCUCCAGGAUACAGAGAUACUGUAACUGCAACUCACAGCCUCCAAACCCGAUUAAAAUCGCCGUGGCUGGAGCCCAGAAUUACCUCAGUGCUGUCCUGAGGCUCUUUGUAGAGCAGCUGUCUCACAAAACCCCAGACUGGCUUGGCUACAUGAGGUUUCUGAUCAUCCCUUUAGGCUCUCAUCCAGUGGCCAAGUAUCUGGGGUCUGUAGAUUAUAGAUACAACAACUUCUUCCAAGAUCUAGCCUGGAGAGACCUGUUCAACAAACUUGAAGCACAGACCACUGUUCCAGAAGCACCUGACGUUGUCUCCCGGAUAACGCAGUACAUAGCAGGGGCAAACUGUGCACACCAGUUGCCCAUUGCUGAAGCAAUGCUGACAUACAAGCAGAAAAGGAAAAAGAGCUUUCAUUUUGAUUUUACCAUAAGCCCUGACGAAGAAUCCUCGCAGAAGUUCAUUCCCUUUGUCGGGGUGGUGAAGGUUGGGAUAGUGGAACAGUCUUCUGCAACAUCAGGUGACUCUGAUGAUGCAGCUCCCUCAAGCUCCAGUGUCCUUUCUUCUACUCCACCUUCUGUGUCUCCUGCUGUGAAGGAAGCCUCCCCCACGCCGCCCUCCUCGCCCUCCGUCACAGGCAGCUUCUCGUCCUCCAGCCAGAACCUGGGUGCUGAGCUGAUGGGCCUGCAGGUGGAUUACUGGAUUGCAGCUCCACCCGUGGACAGAAAGAGAGACCCAGAGAAGAAGGACCUCUCCACUACCAAAAACACACUGAAAUGCACUUUCCGGUCCCUGCAGGUCAGCAGGCUGCCUGCCGGCGGCGAGAUCGCCUCCACUCCUACCAUGUCCAUGACGGUGGUGACAAAGGAGAAGAACAAGAAAGUGAUGUUUUUGCCCAAGAAAACGAAAGACAAGGAGGUGGAGUCCAAGAGCCAGUGUAUUGAGGGGAUCAGCAGGCUGAUUUGCACAGCCAAGCACCAGCAGAACAUGCUGCGAGUGCUGAUCGAUGGGGUGGAGUGGAACGACGUCAAGUUCUUCCAGCUGGCAGCACAGUGGUCCUCUCACGUCAAGCACUUUCCCAUCUGCAUCUUUGGACACUCCAAAUCUAACUUCUAACCCUGCUGGGCAGAGGCACCUUCUGCCCCCCCGAGGACUGCGCACCAGGAGCCAGGACCCGCGUGCCAACCCCUGACCCGCGCCGCUCUGCCCUCUCCUGCAGCAUUCAUUACAGAUCUGCUUGGAUCACUUGGGAACUACCUUUUCCUAUUAACUCCUAAGUUUACUACAAGGGAAGGAAACCCCUUUAAACAAAGGCAAAAAACAAACAAAACCAACCCAGUCUUAAAUACAGAUGUGCUGACCACAUGAAGUCGUGGGGGCGUUGGCAGGAGCAGGCAGCCUGCCCCGGAACACCUCCCGCUUAGGAGCAGGUAGCUGAGGACCUGCACUGCUUACUAACCUGAGACCUCAGCGGUGCGAGCGGGCU